AUGCUAAUUUGCCGACUUUCUCACGCUGCUCCCAUUUUUUUUAAUAAAUCUAAUCACCAAUUGAAAAAUCCUGGAAAAAGAACUGAGCUGGAACAUGCCUUGAAAUUGGCGACAUCCCGAUACACAAAUCGCUCGUCUCAGUUUGCUUCACUCUCGCCCCUGUCGCCAACCUAUCGUCCCUGUCGCCGAGAAGUGAGAUACUUUCCGAAGUUGUCUACUACUCUGCAGUUUUGCACUCAUAAAGGUUUACUCAUCAGACAUGAAAGUUUGAGGAGUGCACUUAAUUCUGCUCAAAGUGGUGUACCAGGCAUUCCAAGGAAGUAUGGCAGUGUGUCAUGGCAAUGUUAUGAUCCAAAGGUAGAGGUUUGUGGACUUCAUCACAGAUGCAAAUUCCAUAGUCAGAAUAAAUUUGCUAGAGAUGUAGUUGUAAGGUCUGAACUUACCGCAGUGGGGUCUCCAGAAGAUGACUAUUCACUAUCCAAAUUAAAAGUGCAAUCAAAGAUCAGGGGAGCAUGUUUUUAUGCUGUUACUGCUUUCAGUGCCAUAUUUCUUUUUAUACUGAUGCUUGUUGGGCAUCCAUUUGUUAUCCUAUUUGAUCGUCAUCAAAGAAAAUACCAUCAUUUUAUUGCCAAAAUAUGGUCUACACUUACCGUGACCCCAUUUUAUAAAGUCAAUUUUGAGGGAUUGCAGAAUCUACCAUCUCAAGAUGCUCCUGCUGUAUAUGUGUCCAAUCACCAGAGCUUCUUAGACAUAUAUACCCUUCUUACUCUAGGGAGAAGCUUCAAAUUCAUCAGCAAGACUAGUAUAUUUCUCUAUCCCAUUAUUGGGUGGGCAAUGUUUCUUUUGGGAAUGAUUCCUUUAAAACGCAUGGACAGGCAAAGCCAACUGGACUGUCUUAAACGAUGCAUGGAUCUUAUCAAGAAAGGGGCCUCUGUUUUUUUCUUUCCUGAAGGAACACGCAGCAAAGAUGGAAAACUUGGCCCCUUCAAGAAGGGUGCCUUCAGUGUUGCUGCAAAAACCAAUGUGCCAGUUGUACCAAUUACCGUUAUUGGAACUGGCCAGAUCAUGCCUGCAGGAAGCGAAGAUAUAGUCAACUCAGGUUCUGUGAAAGUUGUCAUACACAGACCUAUUCAUGGAAGCGAUCCUAUGAUGCUAUGUGAAGAAGCUAGGAACACUAUCGCAAGUGCCCUCGAUUUUCACGACUGAGAAAUACAUAACGACUUAUCUCUACUCUAAGGUUGUUGUGCUGUUUUCCUGGAGCAUGCUGCCACUGUCAGUCGGAUUUGUUGAACGUGAGCCUUAUACGUUGAAGUUAUGAGGAAGGUCAUUGCUUACUAAGAUGCCCCAGUUUGAGUUAUGCAGUACCAGAGGGUGUCUAUCUGAGCUUGCACCUGUUCUAGCACUCAGGUCAUUUGAGAUAUUUCAGAUUAAUUCUUCCUUGUUAGAUUAUAAUCAAUGUUUUUUUUUUUUUUAUUUAAUGCAGAGGCUGAAACAAACUGGUUUCAGUAGAACACUAGAGCUAUUGUACAAAUCUUUUUGUUCUAACACUUAACCCUUCCAUGCAUCUCCUGUGUAAAUCAUUCAUUAUCCUCA